AUGAUUUCAGUUGACGCUGGAAACGAAGCGGAUCAAUAUUUGAUGUGUUCAUCGAAUCCGUAUCUGGCCGGACGACGUCGGCGAAUGUCUUUGCUGCAAACGCUGCGGUAUCAGAACAAACAACUCACCGAUAGUGCUUUUGAUUCUCCACGCAGUGUUGGCAAUAAAUCUGAACGAGUUCAGCAGUGCUUAGGGCUUGAAUUGGAGAAUUAUCCCGAAUGUCAUAAUUUGGAUACGAUAAACCAUAUCUCACCAACGGGUGGUGACUUACUGUCGCACCACAGCAGGCGAUCAGCAAUCGAAUCACCUCCAUCGUCUCAGUUCCAAGAAGAGUUGAUUUUAAACAAGUCCUCGAACAGUCCAUCGGCGUUAUCGUUCAGCAAGCUGAAAGCAAAAACAAAAGCGCUGUUCGGUAAGCGAAGUGUCAGCGAAAAGAAAUCCCUUGUGAUUGAGCGGCGCUACACCGCAAGUGAUGCUCACGGAAGGUGCUAUCCCACUGACAGUCUCGAGCGAUCGAUGUAUUCGCGAAUUGAUUUCUCUGCGAAAGGUGAGUUCUCAUUUAAUCAGCUAAACUUAUUCGGCUGUCCCUGUGUCGAAUGA